AUUUUGAAAUAAUAUUUAGUUCCCAUGGAUGGUGCGCUAUAGAGCGUAGGGAUCGUACGCUUGCGCGCUAAGGCUUCAGCCCCCGCCCGCCCAGCCAACGCCAGACCUCGCGCGCGGGCGGCCGCCCCACACUGGCCCCGAGCGCCCAUGAAUCGAUACCUAACUAUCGAGUGCCAGUGCCAAAACACUCAACGAUUCCUCAAAAUUCUCAACUGACAUUAAAAGGAUUCUGCCAUAAUGACAACGAAUUAUUUUUAAUUUUUUUUACUGUGACCAGUGCGUGUUUACAAGUGUUUGCCGAGUUUUAAGAUGAGAGGAGCCAAGGCAAUUUAUCUCAUCCUAUUUUUUGGUCACCUCUCUGCGUUGCCAGAUACGAUAAGGAUUGGUGGCCUGUUCCACCCUGAAGAUGACAAGCAGGAGGUUGCGUUCCGCUACGCCGUGGAGCGCGUCAAUGCGGACCGCGCUAUUUUGCCGCGGGCUAAACUGCUGGCGCAAGUUGAGACCAUCUCGCCGCAGGACAGUUUCCACGCUUCCAAGAGAGUAUGUCACCUCCUCCGAAGCGGGGUGGCGGCCAUCUUUGGCCCGCAAAGCGCCCCGGCAGCAGCGCAUGUGCAGUCCAUCUGCGACACCAUGGAGCUGCCUCACCUGGAGACCCGAUGGGAUUAUCGCACUCGCCGCGAGUCUUGUCUGGUCAACCUCUAUCCACAUCCUGCUGCCUUGAGCCGGGCGUAUGUGGACCUGGUACGAGCGUGGGGUUGGAAGUCGUUUACAAUCGUCUAUGAAAACAGCGACGGUUUAGUACGGCUUCAAGAGCUACUGAAAGCCCAUGGACCCUUGGAGCUACCGGUUGCCGUGAGACAACUGCCGGACUCACAUGACUACAGGCCUCUACUAAAGCAAAUCAAGAACUCGGCGGAGUCGCACAUAGUGCUAGACUGUGCGACGGACAGGAUUCGAGAUGUCUUACAGCAAGCACAGCAGAUCGGGAUGAUGUCAGACUACCACAGCUAUCUCAUCACCUCUCUGGACUUACAUAGCGUUGAUUUAGAAGAAUUCAAGUACGGUGGAACUAAUAUAACCUCACUGAGAUUGCUAGACCCCGAGAGGGCGGACGUGCAGAGAGUAGUCAGAGACUGGGUCUAUGAUGAGGCAAGGAAAGGAAGGAAAUUGCAACUAGGACAUACCUCUGCUAAGGAAAACAUGACCUUUAUAAAGACGGAAACUGCGUUAAUGUAUGACGCCGUACAUUUAUUCGCGAAGGCCCUGCACGACCUGGACACGUCACAGCAAAUCGACGUGCGACCUCUGUCGUGUGAAGCCGAAGACACAUGGCCUCAUGGCUACAGUCUCAUCAAUUAUAUGAAGAUCGUAGAGAUGAAGGGCUUAACUGGAGUUAUAAAGUUUGACCAUCAAGGAUUCAGGAGCGACUUCACUCUCGACAUAAUAGAACUCACAAGGGACGGCCUCCAGAAAGCCGGUAUUUGGAACUCAUCAGAAGGCGUAAACUAUACACGAUCUUACGGCGAGAAUCAGAAGCAGAUUGUUGAGAUCCUGCAAAACAAAACCCUAAUAGUGACGACGAUUUUGAGUUCUCCAUAUUGUAUGCGGAAGGAAGCAAGCGAGAAGUUGACAGGCAAUGCGCAAUUCGAAGGGUACGCAAUCGAUCUUAUUCAUGAGAUAUCUAAAAUUCUGGGCUUCAAUUACACAUUCAAGCUCGCCCCUGAUGGCAGAUACGGCUCCUUCAAUCGGGAGACUAAAGAAUGGGAUGGAAUGAUAAGAGAAUUGUUAGAACAACGUGCUGACGUAGCCAUUGCGGAUCUAACUAUUACAUACGACAGGGAGCAAGUGGUCGACUUUACAAUGCCUUUCAUGAACCUCGGAAUUUCGGUUCUCUACCGCAAACCUAUAAAACAACCACCGAACCUGUUUUCCUUCCUCUCGCCAUUGUCUCUGGACGUCUGGAUUUAUAUGGCCACCGCAUACUUGGGUGUUUCAGUGUUACUGUUUAUUUUGGCCAGGUUUACUCCGUACGAAUGGCAUCAAACGCGGUCGCCGGACGGAGAGAAAAUGGAAAAUAUAUUUUCACUCGCUAACUGUCUGUGGUUUGCCAUUGGAUCUCUAAUGCAGCAGAGCUGUGACUUUUUACCCAAGUUCAGCCCGUACGAGUGGGACAGCCCGAGGAACUGUCUUGACGAGCCGCAGGUGCUGGAGAAUCAAUUCACUCUGUUGAACUCGCUGUGGUUCACUAUCGGCUCCUUGAUGCAGCAAGGUUCGGAUAUCGCACCGAAAGCGGUUUCAACAAGAAUGGUCGCUGGAAUGUGGUGGUUCUUCACUUUGAUCAUGAUAUCAUCGUAUACCGCUAAUUUGGCCGCUUUCCUUACCGUCGAGCGCAUGGACUCGCCUAUUGAGAGCGCGGAGGAUCUCGCAAAACAGACAAAAAUCAAGUAUGGCGCUUUGAAAGGAGGCUCCACCGCUGCUUUCUUCAGGGAUUCAAACUUCUCGACUUAUCAGCGCAUGUGGUCGUUUAUGGAGUCUGCGAGGCCGUCAGUGUUCGCGACCACCAACAAAGAGGGCGAGGAGCGUGUGAUGCGCGGAAAGGGCGCGUACGCGUAUCUGAUGGAGUCCACGACCAUCGAGUACGUGGUCGAGCGCAACUGCGACCUGACGCAGGUCGGCGGUAUGCUCGACUCCAAGGGCUACGGGAUCGCGAUGCCACCUAAUUCCCCAUACCGCACUGCAAUCAGUGGUGCUGUUUUAAAAUUGCAAGAGGAAGGCAAAUUGCAUAUAUUGAAAACGAAAUGGUGGAAAGAAAAAAGAGGGGGAGGAUCCUGUAGGGAUGAGACAUCGAAGUCGUCAUCGACAGCAAACGAGCUGGGUCUCGCUAACGUCGGCGGCGUGUUCGUGGUGCUGAUGGGUGGCAUGGGGGUGGCGUGUGUCAUCGCAGUCUGCGAAUUCGUGUGGAAGAGUCGCAAAGUUGCUGUGGACGAACGGGCCUCACUGUGUUCGGAAAUGGCCUCGGAGCUGCGAUCGGCGCUCAAGUGUCCUAGCGGCGCGGCGGGGGGCAACUCCUCAGGGCCAAGGGAUGGGGCCUCCUCUCCAUAUCUGCACUAUGGCUUUAGCACCAAGACCCAGCUUCACUAGCGGCCAACAUCCGCCUCCUCAUCCCCGAGCGAUGUGUAGGCGACUAAGGACAUGUGAGAGUGACUGUGACCACCUGAUGAGCUAGCACCGGCCUAGUGUGACAAAUAAUUCCUUUCUUACUAGCAAGUGUAAGAGGGCAUGCUUUAUCGACACAAAUACGAUGCUAUUUCGUCUGAACCUUGU